AUGGCACCCCUAACGACGAAAGACGUACCUGUUCCUUAUGGAAGGAACUUUUUAAUGGUUCCGGGUCCGACGAACGUCCCACAACGGGUGCAGAAUGCUAUGCACCGCAACAGUGAGGACCACCGCUCGCUCGAUUUUCCAAAACUGGGUCUCGCAGCACUGGAAGCCAUCAAGAAAGUCUUUCAGUGCCGUCAAGGGCACGCGUUUAUAUUCCCUGGCACCGGAACCCUGGGCUGGGAAGCGGCGCUGACCAACUGCCUGGACCCUCAGGACCAGGUCAUCUCGGUGCGCUUCGGUCAGUUUAGUCACCUGUGGAUCGAUAUGAUGAAGCGUCUGGGCCUGCGGCCCAUUGAACUGGACGUGGAGUGGGGCGAAGGCCUCCCCAUGGAUCGCAUGGAGGGACUGAUCCAGAACGAUCGGGCUCACGACAUCAAAGCCGUCUGUGUCGUACACAACGAAACAACGACCGGUGUAUGCACCGACAUACCUGCUGUGCGACGGUUGCUGGACAAGUACCAGCAUCCGGCACUGCUCAUGGUGGACGGCGUAAGUAGCAUCGGUGCAGUCCCAUUCAAGUUCGAUGAAUGGCGUGUAGACCUGGCAGUCACCGGAUCGCAGAAGGCGCUCAUGUUGCCAGCGGGUCUCGGCUUCGUCUGUGCGUCGCCGAGGGCGCUGGAGCGGAGCAAGACCGCAAAGCUGCCCCAUGUAUACAUGUCGUUCCAGGAUCAUCUGCGUUCAAACGUCGAUGGAUUCUUCCCUUAUACUCCUAGCGUGCCCCUGUUGUACGGUCUCGUUGAAGCAGUGAAAAUGCUCGAGGAAGAGGGCUUUGAACAAGUGUGGGCGCGGCACCACAAGCUCGCAGAAGGCGUUCGGAGAGCGGUACGAGCGUGGAAUCUCGAAAUCUGCUGCCGCGACCCGCGCUUGCAGUCAGACACCGUAACGACUGUGAUGCUACCACAAGGUGUGGACGGCGUCCAAGUUGUGAAGGUUGCCUUCCAGAAAUACAAUCUCUCGCUCGGAGCGGGACUCAUGCGUCUGCGCGGUAAGGCGUUCCGCAUCAGUUCACUUGGCGACUUGAACGAAUUGACGAUACUGGGCGCGCUUGCUGGCGUCGAAAUGACGCUGCGCGAGUGCGGAUACAAUGGUUUCAAGCUUGGCGCCGGUGUAGCUGCGGCAGCCGAGUACUACCAGCAGCACGCUGUGCAGGCGCGCGGAUUUACGGAAGCCAUGGCAAAGAUUUAG